GAUCUGCCCACCCGCCGCCGUCAAUCGACCCUCGAUCCCAGCCCAGCUCAGCCGCGUCUUCGUUGCGGGUCGUCGACUACUUGAAGCCGCUCAUCCAGAGACUCAUCUCCUCCGGCUCAUCUUUGAAUCAGCCAGCACGCCAGCCACACAGCCAUCCUUGAUCAUCCGUCUGCGCGAUGGCCUCCCUCCUCGUCACCAUCCUCGAUUGGGUCGUAUUCCUGUGGGAUCAGUACUGGAUCUGGGCCAAGUACCUAUGGUGCCUCCUUCAGUGGUAUGCUUUUGAGAGCUUUCCGAACGAAACAGACGCCUGGGCAAAGUUCCGCCAGUCCGUUACCGUCAUCGGCGAUGAUAUCGCCUGGGGAUAUGGAGACUCGGUCGGGAUUGGACAGAUCCCAGGUAUCGCAACGUAUCUGGCAAAGCUCCUCUCGAAAGAGAGCAGUCUGAGGCAGUCGUGGCGGUUUCACAACCGGGGAUAUUGUGGUUCAACGACUCGCGAUUGGCUGCCGCAGUCUGAACGGAAACCUGGUGUCAAGUCCCUCCAGCUGUUCGAUAAAACUUUUGCCUCCAAAAAGAUCGAGGAAUCAGCCGCCGUUAUCAUUGCCCUGGGCCUCAACGACGCCAGACCGCGAAGCGGGGAAGCACCGAUCUCGCCAGAAGAGACCCUGGAGAACUUGAUCGCCAUUGUCCGAGUGCUCCGAAACAAGGGCAUGGAUGUCUACGUGUCCACGUUCCCAACGAUGGGAGACUUGAAGCUCGAUGGGAAGGAAGUUGCAGAGCAAAACGCCCGCAGAAACGAGCUCGUUCAGGAGUGGCUCAAAAACAACCAGACCGAAGGUGUCUUUGUCGGACCACGCCUUGACUCGUCCAACUAUGAGUAUCGACAUCCCUCGUUGUUCUAUAGAGAUAGAUACUUCUCGCUCAAGGGCUAUGAGAAGUUUUCCAAGGAUCUGGUCGAGAUCAUGCUCAGCCACUUGGUCAAGCGUGAGUUUGCUCUCUUCCGGAAGCAUCUGAAGAUGUGAGGGGCAAUCUGGCGAGCCAAUGUCCCCGCAGCCCGUCCUGGUGACUGCCUCUCCAUCAGUGAAGCCGCCCCCAGCUCAAGGGAAUGCAAUAAAGAUUCAGAUAGACACUUUA